GAAAAAAUAGAGUAUAUAUUUCUUGUGAUUUUUACGGUCGAGUGCGUUAUGAAGAUCAUCGCUUACGGUUUCGUGGCUCAUCCCGGCGCUUAUCUUCGAAACGGAUGGAAUAUAUUAGAUUUCUCGAUAGUAGUGAUAGGAAUGGUGAGCACGGUGUUGUCAGUACUUAUGAAAGAAGGCUUCGACGUGAAAGCGUUGAGAGCUUUUCGAGUGCUACGACCUCUCAGGCUGGUUUCCGGCGUACCAAGUUUGCAAGUGGUUUUGAACUCUAUUUUGAGAGCGAUGAUACCCCUUCUCCACAUCGCUCUGCUGGUUCUGUUCGUCAUCAUUAUUUACGCUAUCAUCGGCCUCGAGUUGUUCUCUGGGAAAAUGCAUAAAACGUGCAGGCACAAUCUCACCGGUGAGUAUCGAAAACUAAUGUGUCUCUCUCUCUCUCUCUCUCUUUCUGUGUGUCUCGAAAUAAUUCUAGCAAACUCGCACAACAUCCUCAACGUCGUAGAUGAAAUUAAUUAAUUCCCACGGCGUCAAGCCGUUCCAAUUUAAUUAACUGGAAAUUAAUUGGAAAUUCGUCAGUGGAAAUGAUCUUUCGUAAAACGUAUUGUUACGGCUUACCCAUAAGUUCUCUUCAAAUUUAAUAAACAUUGCCAUCUAGCUGCAAUAAUUUAAGCCCUCUGUUGCAUUCCGUUCCCAAAUUGGGGGCAUAAAUUUCAAAUGUUCUAUAGUAAAUUAUAGUAGACAAUUUAUUGCAAUAAAUAACAUUUUCUAAUAAUGAAAUUAGAAUAAAUAAUAUUACUUAUUACUAUUACUUAUAUUACUUAUUCUAAGUAUAAAAUUUUCUUAUUUAUUUCAUGGCCACACUCAUUUCUAAGUAGCACUAACAGCCAUAUAUAUUUCCAACUCAAUUUCAUAAAUAAAAAUUCAUGCAAUAGAGGAUGGACUUGUGAUACAUUGA